AUGAGCUUGCGCUCUUCUCGUUCUUCGACAAAAUCAACGAAGAGCCAAGUUUCACGCUCAAUUACAUCAACGUCGACAACUAAUGCAAAACAUAUUCAGCGAGAUGCGUAUUUCAUUGAAAAACUCAAGCAAAGAGAACUUGAUUUAGCAAUGCAUCGGAAAAAACUCGAAAUCGCCAAGCAACGUCACCUUAAAAAUGUAGAAAUCUUCGAAUCUGAGCGUAAUAGAGUACUUGCAUGCUAUAAUAACUCAUCUGUUGAAGCAUUUGCUAUUUCAAAAAAGAACGUUACACAAGCAGAUAUGGAAAAUAUUAACAAAAAUGAUGAUUACAUCCAUCAACUAUACAAUGACAUACAUCAACAAUUCUUAUAUUCUCAGAAAGAACUAGAUGAUGCUCAAAAUAAUUCUCAACAAUCGAAUGCCGAUCAACAAUCACCUGAAGAUUCAACAAAAGCCGAAAAGGACAUAAAAGGACGCCAAUAUGUUGUUGAACAGUUUCAUCAAUUAUUAAAUCGCAUAAAAGAUGAAGUAAUUCCACAUGAAUCAGCCAUUACAGAUUUGGAAACUAAGGCAAAAAGCAAUGAAGAAGAAUUACAAGUGUUGUCUGCUAGAAAAUCUGAAUUAGAUCGUCAAUUAAGGUUUACACAGAAAAAAUACAAAAAUGCACUGAAAUGGAUAGAAUCGAAGAAGAAAGAAAAGCAGAGGAUUGAAGAUCAAAAUAAACAUGCCAAAUUAUCACUAAUUGACGAAUUACGUUUACAAGAAGAGCUGAAUCGCAAAGAAGAAGAACUAAAACAGUCAGAAGCAGCAUUACAAGAAAAGGUUAAUGCAAAUGACGCCAUCGUUAAGCAUAUCCAGGACUUGAGAAAAUCUACAAUUGACAUGGAUACUCAAAGAAGGUCAAAUGAAGCUAAUUUACAGAAUACUGAUAGAAAAGAUGCACCUACAGUUACAGAACUCGAAUCAUUGAAGUUCGAAAUCCAAAAAGCAAACGCAAGAGCCGAUGAAAUGGAAAAAUGCAUCGAAGACAUGAAGAAAGAUCCACUUUCACUCUCAAAAAUCGCAGAAUUAAAGGACAAAUUGGAGAAGGCCAAAGCAGAGAACACGCAGCUCCUUGAGACGGCCAAUUCCAUUUCACAAGACGACAGUGACGAACUCAAAAACAAAAUUGCAUCAAAAAUUAAAGAAAUCCAACAACUUCAAUCGCAAAUCAUCAGUGAAGAAGAUUUAGAAGCCAGAAACUUCAAAUUGCGAAACGAAGCUAAAUCUCUAUUCUCAUUAGAGAGAAGUAUUAUGCAGAGAACUGCUUCUCUAAACUAUCUAGAAGAAGAAAUAGAAAAUGAUGAAAGUGCUCUGAUUCAAGCAGAAGAUGAACUUAAACGUGAAAAGAACUUAAUCUUAACAAAAAUUGCGCAUACAGACAAAAUGCUUGAUCUUUACACACUACAAAAGCAAGAUGCUGAUGAGAGACUUAUAACUAUCCAAAACCAACUCAACAAACUUAAAUUUCAAUAA